AUGAUGCCUCCGGCCAACGCCACCGCCCUGUUUACCGCCGUUUCCCCAGCGACGGACUGCAACUCCGCCCGCCCAGGCCCCGCCCACCUCCCCGCUCCCGACCAAUCACAGCCCGCCCACCGCCCCCGCCCCGCCCACCGCUCCCGCUCCCGCCCAAUCACGACCCGCCCGCCGUUCCCGCCCCAACAGGGCCCCGCCCACCGUUCCCGCUCCCGCCCAAUCAGGCCCCGCCCCACAUUCCGGCGGCCAGCUCUAGACAGGCCCCGCCCACCGCUCCUGCUCCGGACCAAUCACAGCCCGUCCACUUCCCCGCUCCCGACCAAUCACGACCCGCCCGCCGCCCCGCCCCACAUUCCGGCGGCCAGCUCUAGACAGGCCCCGCCCACCGCUCCCGUUCCGGACCAAUCACAGCCCGUCCACUUCCCCCCUCCCGACCAAUCACGACCCGCCCGCUGUUCCCGCCCCAAUAGGGCCCCGCCCACCGCGCCCGCUCCCGCCCAAUCAGGCCCCGCCCACACUCCCGCGGCCAGCUCCAGACAGGCCCCGCCCACCGCUCCCGCUCUCGACCAAUCACGACCCGCCCGCCGUUCCCGCCCCAAUCGGGCCCCGCCCACCGCUCCCGCCCCAUCAGGCCCCGCCCCACAAUCCCGCGGCCAGCUCCAGACAGGCCCCGCCCACCGCUCCCGCUCUCGACCAAUCAUCACGACCCGCUCGCCGUUCCCGCCCCAAUCAUCAUCAUCAAUCGCCCCGCCCCACAUUCCCGCGGCCCGCUCCAGACAGGCCCCGCCCACCGCUCCCGCUCCGGACCUAUCACAGCCCGCCCACUGCUCCCGCCCCGCCCACUUCCCCGCUCCCGACCAAUCACGUUCCCGCUCCCGACCAAUCACGACCCGCUUGCUGUUCCCGCCCACCGCUCCCGCCCAAUCAGGCCCCGCCCCACAUUCCCGGCCCAAACACCGCCCGCCCAUUGCUCCCGCCCCUUUCAGGCCCCGCCCACCGGGCUCCGGACCAACCACAGCCCGCCCACUGCUCCCGCUCCCGACCAAUCACGCUCAGCCUUACGUUCCCGGAGCCAGCUCCAGACAGGUCCCGCCCCCCGUCCGGCUCCUGCCCAAUCACGACUCGCCCACUGCUCCCGCCCCAAUCAUAGCCCGCCCACCGCUCCCGCUCCAUCAGGCCCCGCCCCACAUUCCAGUGGCCAGCUCCAGACAGGCCCUGCCCACCGCUCCCGCUCCGGACCAAUCACCGCCUGCCGACUGCUCCCGCCCCGCCCACCGUUCCCGCUCCCGACCAAUCAGACCCCGCCUCACGUUCCCGGGGCCACUUCCAGCCAGACCCCCCUCCGUCUCUCCCGCCCCCGCUGUCCGGCCCCGCCGGACCACGUCCCCCAUUCGCGCCUCUCGGCCCUCCAGGCCCCGCCCCCGGCAGGCCCCACCCCUGCUCACGCUUCCCGGCCCAUCCCCUCCUCGUUCCUGCUCCCCAUUCCCGUUACCCCAUUCCCGACCCGGCCCAGUAAUACCACGCCCCCUAUUCCGCCCCCGGCCUAACCAGACCACGCCCCCACACCGCCAUUGGCCCAGCCAGACCACGCCCCACCCACCGUUAGCCCAGCCAGGCCACGCCCCUAUCCAGCCAUUGGCCUAG